AUGUGCGGCGACAAGUCGAGACAAUCCCUCGGCGGUGCUCUCGCCAUACUGAGUCUGCCGUUCCAGAGCACCUGUGCUACGUCGCCAGCGAUGGCCGGAAGACUUACCUUCCACAGCCAAGGGAAAGGCGGCUCGACCGCCACACACGCUACGUUCACAGCCGAUAAGGGCAGUGGCAGCGGCUUCACAGACAUGGAGUCUUGCGUAGUUGGGAUCCAUGAGACGGGAGACCUGACGCGGUCCGCCGUCAUAAGCCCGUUCCUGCACAAGUUCAACAUGAGCCCGGACGUCUCGUUACUGGGUUGCGCCAAGAGGCGGGCGAUGGAGGUAGAGCUCCGGCGGCCGAUGAAGAUCGAAGUCGGCGGCGAUGGCAUCAUUGGCCGGAGGGUGUCGGUGUGGAUAGCCCGUGGUGUGGACCCGGUCGCGGAGGGUAUCAUCGGGUACAACUGA